AUGUCUCUUCUGUCGACAAUGCGGAACGUAUCGCACCUCUGUUUCGUCGCGCCAUUGGAUGCCGCCGGCAUCUACGAAAUACGGGACUUGGAGUCGUACACCUGCCAACAGCUGUCUGUCACCAGCGAUGAUGGUGACUACGGUUCAAUUGAGUUCAACAUGAAUGGCACCGAAGUGGAAGGUGAUGCCGCUUCCACCUUGAAUGCCGAAGUCUCGGUCAUUCUGGUACAAUCGAGAGAUUCGUGGCAGUUCAACUACUCAGCGCUCCUGAUUCUAUCGUAUGGAGCGAUCUUCGCGACGGGUUUGGUGGGGAAUUCCCUCGUCAUUCUUACCCUCACUAGGAAUCAGAGAGGGAAGGUGGCCACGAAUGUCUUCCUGUUGAAUUUAGCCAUCAGUGAUCUCCUGCUGGGCGUAUUCUGCAUGCCGUUCACAUUGGCGGGAUUCCUGCUGCGAAAUUUCAUUUUCGGCCAAUUAAUGUGCAAAGUGAUCCCCUUCUUACAAGGGGUUACCGUGGCCGUGAACGCGUGGACAUUGGUUAUGAUCUCUAUCGAAAGAUACUUCGCUGUGUGUGAACCGCUCAAGUCGCGAGGAUUUUACGCCUCAACACACGCCUGGCACUCCGUAGUUAUCAUCUGGAUUUUCGCUUUGACGAGCAUGACGCCUAUCUUCUACGUCAACAGACUCCAGCCGGCGGGAUACGGGCGACAGAAAUGCCGGGAAGAUUGGCCGAAUCCGACUGUCGAGUCAGCGUUCACGGUUCUAUUAGAUCUUCUACUGCUAGUUAUUCCCUUGACGGUGAUGGCUUUCGCCUACAUCAACAUCACGGUCACUCUACGCAAAGGCAUCCGGGAGAACGAGAAAGGCUCAAACGAAAUCAAACUCAUGGGGCCCAGAGGCAUCGGAGUGGUAAACAACAAAACUCCUGAAAACGUGAUCGAGCGAGAACCGAGACUCAUCGUAAAGUGGUGCAAGGUUCAGAACGAGGACUCAUCGGAUUCGUCGUUUGGGCACGUGGAUCGCCCCAAAGCCGCGAAUCCUGCGUCUUCUGAUUCUAGUUCGCAUUCGACGCAUGACAAUUUUUCUUGUAACGAUUUCAGAGCUCCUGUGCAAUUCACUAAUUACACUCCCACGCCUCGCGAGGAAAUGAUCCGCUACCUGCGCACCAAUAACAACGAGCAACGAAUGGCGGUUCGCCGGAAAGUCAUCCGAAUGGUGUUUGUCGUGGUCUUGGAGUUCUUUGUCUGUUGGACUCCAAUCUACGCCAUCAACACUAUCGCGUCAUUCUCGAAGGACUUGCUCACUCCUUUGGGCGGUGUAGGCAUCUCUCUUUUCCACCUGCUUUCGUACGUAUCGUCGUGCUGCAAUCCAGUCACGUAUUGCUUCAUGAACAAAAACUUCUGCAGGGAGUUCAAACGCUCAAUAAGCUGUUGUGAUCCGAAGUACCUGAAGUUCUGGAUUCUUCGGAGUCGGGAACGAGGUCCUGAAAUUAGCCUCACAGGAAUUCGAGCUCAAACACGCAUCGAGAUUCGCGACAAUCGACGCGCAUUCUGCUCACAGAGGAAUCAUACCGACUUGUGAGGUUCUCUGCUGUUAUUCCGAUUCGGAAUUAUUUCUUGGGAGGAAAACAGAGGACGCAUUCCCUCCCGCGUCCCGAAUUCGCUCUCGAAAUACAUACUCUGAAACAAUGGGAGGAAUUCGAUUUCUUUCCCUCCGCAAGGGAACUCAUCGAUUGGAUGUGCAAAUGUAUAAUAGAGAUUUUAUAUCCGACGUUCCGAACG